GUUGGUCAAAGAAGAAACAUGGGGAACGCAGGGAGCAUGGACCAGCACACUGAUCUCAGAGGACACAACAUGCCUCUGAAACUGCCCAUGCCGGAAUCAGGUGAACUGGAGGAGAGAUUUGCAGUCGUUCUGAACUCGAUGAAUCUUCCCCCAGACAAAGCGCGGCUGUUGCGACAGUAUGACAAUGAGAAGAAGUGGGAACUCAUCUGUGAUCAGGAGCGAUUCCAAGUGAAAAACCCGCCUCAUACGUACCUCCAAAAGCUGAGGAGUUAUCUAGACCCAGCAGUCACAAGAAAGAAAUUCAGACGAAGGGUUCAGGAGUCCACCCAAGUCCUGAGAGAACUGGAAAUUUCGUUACGGACCAAUCAUAUAGGGUGGGUGAGAGAAUUCCUGAAUGAAGAGAACAAAGGCCUGGACGUGCUGGUGGAGUAUCUUUCUUUUGCACAGUAUGCCGUCACGUUUGACGGAGACUCUGUGGAGAAUAACCCGGAGGCUGCGAUUGAUAAGUCUAAGCCCUGGAGCCGUUCUAUAGAAGACCUGCAUGGAGGAAGCACCCUGCCGUCCCCCAUCACUGGGAAUGGUAUCACACGUGCUGGCCGACAUUCCACGUUACGUUGUAACACGCUGCCCAGCCGGCGAACACUGAAAAACUCCAGACUGGUCUGUAAGAAAGACGACGUCCACGUCUGCAUCAUGUGCCUGCGUGCUAUCAUGAACUACCAGUAUGGCUUCAACAUGGUCAUGUCACACCCACAUGCUGUGAAUGAAAUUGCACUAAGUCUCAACAAUAAAAACCCCAGAACUAAAGCUCUCGUCUUGGAGCUCCUGGCGGCAGUUUGUCUCGUGAGAGGAGGCCACGAAAUUAUUCUCUCUGCGUUCGACAACUUUAAGGAGGUUUGUAUGGAGACACAGCGGUUUGAGAAGCUAAUGGAGUAUUUCAAGAAUGAGGACAACAACAUUGACUUUAUGGUGGCCUGUAUGCAGUUCAUCAACAUUGUGGUGCACUCGGUGGAGGACAUGAACUUCCGAGUUCAUCUACAGUACGACUUCACCAAGCUGUGUCUGGACGACUACUUAGACAAAUUAAAGCACACAGAGAGCGAUAAGCUGCAGGUUCAAAUCCAGGCAUACUUGGAUAACGUCUUUGAUGUGGGAGCCCUCCUGGAGGAUGCCGAGACCAAAAACGCUGCCCUGGAGCGGGUGGAGGAGCUGGAGGAGAACAUGUCACAUAUGACAGAGAAGCUGCAGGACAUGGAGAACGAGGCCAUGUCCAAGAUCGUGGAGCUGGAGAAGCAGCUGAUGCAAAGGAACAAGGAGCUUGACUCCAUCAGGGAAGUCUACAAAGACACCAGCUCGCAGGUACACUCGCUGCGGCAGAUGUUAAAGGAGAAGGAUGAGGCCAUCCAGCGACAAAGUAACCUGGAGAAGAAGAUCCACGAGCUGGAGAAGCAGGGCACCAUCAAGAUCCACAAGAAGGGAGACGGUGACAUCUCCAUCCUGCCCUCACCGCCCCAUGGCGUGGAGGGUUUGCCAGGCGCUGUGGUUGGAGGAAACAGCGGAGCUGUCAGUCCAAACCAUGUAGGAGUUGUAGCAGGCACGCCUGCUCCACCUCCACCGCCUCCUCCACCCCCUCCACUGCCAGUGAAUGGCACAUUGCCAAAUGGACUAUCAUCGGCCAUUCCCGCAGCAGCAGCCGCCCCCCCACCUCCUCCACCGCCUCCCCCUCCCCCUCCACCCCCCGGACCGGCCUCAGAAAUCUCAGCGCCUCUGCCUCCUCCGCCUCCUCCUGUGGCACCACCACUGCCCGGCUGCGGGACGCCCACUGUCAUCAUGAACUCUGGGUUGGCAGCUGUUAAGAUCAAGAAACCCAUCAAGACAAAGUUCCGUAUGCCCGUCUUCAACUGGGUAGCCCUUAAACCAAACCAGAUCAAUGGCACCGUCUUCAAUGAGAUUGAUGAUGAGAGGAUACUCGAGGACCUGAACGUGGACGAGUUUGAGGAGAUGUUUAAGACGAAAGCCCAGGGCCAGCCGAUCGACCUCACCGUAAGCAAGCAGAAGGUCAUCCAGAAGGGGCCGAACAAGGUGUCUCUGCUGGACUCCAACAGGGCAAAGAACCUGGCCAUCACACUGAGGAAAGUGGGCAAGACACCUGAGGAGAUCUGCAAGGCCAUUCAGAUAUUCGACCUACGGACUCUGCCGGUGGACUUUGUGGAGUGUCUGAUGCGCUUCCAGCCCACAGAGAACGAGAUUAAAAUUCUGCGGCAGUUCGAAAAGGAGCGCAAGCCGCUAGAAAGCCUGACCGAUGAGGACCGCUUCAUGAUGCAGUUCAGUAAGAUCGAACGGCUCAUGCAGAAGAUGACCAUCAUGGCCUUCAUCGGCAACUUCUGCGAGAGCAUUCAGAUGCUCACACCACAACUACAUGCAGUCAUUGCAGCAUCAGUGUCCAUCAAGUCAUCACAGAAGCUAAAGAAAAUCCUAGAGAUUAUCUUGGCACUUGGAAACUACAUGAACAGCAGCAAAAGAGGAGCGGUAUACGGAUUCAAGCUGCAGAGUUUAGACUUGCUACUUGAUACCAAGUCGACGGACCGUAAAAUAACAUUGUUACACUACAUAGCCAAUGUGGUGAAGGAGAAAUACUCGCAGGUUUCUCUCUUCUACAAUGAGCUGCACUACGUGGAGAAAGCUGCAGCAGUCUCACUGGAGAACGUCCUGCUGGAUGUUAAGGAGCUGCAGAGAGGCAUGGAGUUGACCAAACGAGAGUACAGCAUGCACGGCCACAACACCAUGCUCAAAGACUUCAUCACGCACAAUGAGAACAAACUGAAAAAGCUGCAGGACGAUGCCAAGAUUGCACAGGACGCCUUCGACGAGGCGGUGAAAUUCUUCGGGGAGAACUCCAAAACCACGCCGCCAUCAGUCUUCUUCCCUGUGUUUGUGCGGUUUGUUAAAGCUUACAGACAAGCAGAAGAGGACAACGAGCAAAGAAAGAGACAGGAGCAGAUUAUGAUGGAGAAACUUCUAGAACAAGAGGCCAUGAUGGAGGAAAACCAGAAGUCUCCAUCCCAUAAGAACAAGCGGCAGCAGCAAGAGCUGAUCCAGGAGCUCAGGAGGAAACAGGUGAAAGACAGCCGCCACGUCUACGAAGGCAAAGAUGGAGCAAUUGAGGACAUCAUCACAGAUUUGAGGAAUCAGCCUUACAGGCGAGCAGACGCUGUGCGGAGGAGUGUCAGGAGGCGCUUUGAUGAUCAGAACUUGCGGCCGGUGAACAACGGCGAAGUGGUCAUGUGACGAAGGAACGGUGUAUGUGCUGGAAGGGGGGAGGGGAGGGAGGGGAGUGAGGAUGUGAAACGACAAGAGAAGGAGAGAGAGUAGGUUGGAUGCAGAGCGAAGAGGGAUAAGUGAAAGAUGACAAGUGUUGUAGCACCCAUAGAGAUGAGUAUGUAUAUAUAUUACAUAAGAAUACAUGUUAUUCCAUGUCUGUGGUAUCGUAGCAGCUUUUCACUAUGAAGGACUGGGACAUGUACAGGACUGAAUUUAAAGAAAAGUGUCUGAAAGGUUGGUUGAGAAACCUUAGACAAGCCAAGUGCCUGAACUUAUUUUUGUGGUGUAAUGUCACGUCGUCCUCCGUUUGUCUGAUAACUGUUUUUAAUAUCCCCACUUCAAGCAAUACGAUUUGACCUGGCUUUAAUUUGAGGACGUGUAAAACUGGACUUACGGUGGCUUUAAGAGCCACAUGAACAGAUGCUUCCUUGGAAACAUAAUGUAGAAUGUAUGGGACGUGUUCCCUUUAGCUGUUACAAAUAUUACAUCUUUUAGCGAUGAGUUUGACACCCGGUAAUAUCUCGGUACAUUUCGGUGCUCUCUUCCAUUCCUCUUACUAUACAAACAUGCAUCUCAUCUUUUACUACAAGGGCUGAUGAUCAGGCAGGAAGAAAGUGGAAAUAGAAUAAUUAAAAAUCUAUAUUUGUACUAAAGUUAGUAUAAGGUAGAUGGAAAAAUGAAUGAAAAAGACAGUAAUUCUUUUCAAACAAAACCAGGCUAAUGUGAACUGUAUAUAUCAGACCGCUACACUGACUUCUCUUCACCACAGUUAGUGAAUCAAGUCUGACUCUAACUCUUAAUCCAUAAAAGAGGCUGUCUGCUUACUUAAAACUCUGCCGUACAUUUCUGUAGCAGCACAGCAAUUUGACUGGUUUCUGGGAACAAAUUAAGACGCAACAUAAAAAAAGUUUUCUACCAAGCAUAGAAACUGCACAAAAGAUACUGAAUCCUACUGGAUGAUUUCAUUGUCAAAACUGGAUAUAACUUAGCAUUUUAUCUGUGUAAACUUUUUUUUUUUUACAGGUUAAUCAUAUUCCUGGCUACUGUGUCUACUCACUUUAUUGUAAUUUUAAUGUAUAGUAUUUAACCACUGAGAAGAUUCCUUUAAGCUCAUGUUUCCAUCUAAUGUGUGUCCACAGUCAUUAGAACACAGCGAAACAAAAGUACACAACACAAAAAGUUUCCUAAAUGUACAGAUAUUUUGCUACAAACCUUUUUUUUUUUUUUUUUUACUUAUUCACAUUACCAGAUGGUUAACAUUGUACAUAUUGUUUAAACAAAGGUUUGCGUUGCCUUGUGCUAUACAACUUGAAUGUUAUUUUAACUUAUAGUUUUUGUUUCCAUGUUUGUAUAUUUAAUUAAACCAAAUGCAGCCAGGAAUCUACAGUAGUGUGUUAAAUCACGUCUCAUGUUGUGCAGGAGGAUCACUGAGUUUGCUUGCGGUGUGCGUCACAGGUGCAUCAAAGCCAGCUACAAAAACAUGCAACAUAUUGUGAUUUGCAAGUGUUCAAACAUUUGAACUUUAUGGCUUCAUUGUAACUAUUACACUAGUCUGUAUUUGUUGACCUGUGAUGCGCUGGUUUUGUGGCUCAGUGAUGCAGCCUGCUGACUUGACUAUAAUCAUCUCCACUGAAGCAUGUGCUGCCGUACAUCUGCUUUUCUCUCAACUUCACCCUCUGUAAUAGUGUCAUAUCUCUAACUGGAUAAUACUGGCAUGUUUUUUUUUUUUUUUACUUUCACCAGAUAUGUACUUUAGGCAGUUUGUGCUUGUUACAAAAUAACAUGUUUUUUUUUUGUUGUUUUUUUUU